CGUACUUCGUUGCCUAAUUCAAUUUCCAAGCAGUGGCUUUUAGCAGGUGUGCCAACUGGGUACAGAUAUAUUGAUAGUGUAUCUUCUCUAUUUAACGGAAACAUUAUCAAAAUGGGGAAAGGAGGAAAGAAAAAGGGACAAAAAAAGGAGGAAGCACAAGAAUCAACAUCAAGUGCUGCACCUCAAACUGAUGAACCAAUUCCAUCAGGAUCUGAAGCUCAAGUUUCAGAGCCACUUACUGCAGCAGAACCAAAAACAAUAGAAGCACCCAAAGGCACUGCCGAAGUAAUGGAGGAAGAAGUAGAGGGACUCGGUUUGGAUCUUGGUGGCAAGAAGCGGAAGCCUCGUAAAAAGAAGAGUGCUGCUCAAGCUCCAGCUGCUCCAGCUGAAACUGCCUCAGCCCAAACUACACCAUCUGAAAUAAGAGUUACUGAACUCGUGCAACCCAUAGCCGAAAUUACAGAACAAAUGAUACAACAACCCGGUCCAUCAGGCGAAGGAAGUGGACGAGGUCGAGGUCGAGGUCAUGGUCGUGGUCGUGGCCAGGGACGGCCACAACAGCAGGCUGGCACUUUUCCUCCGCAACCAUUACCAAGUUCUGGGGGCGGCCAGGAAAGUGGGCAAAUUGCUCAAUCUUCGGGCCAAUGGAAUAGACCCCAGCCCAUGCCCACUGCACCAUCAACACCGAUGAGUCCUUCGGUAGGGCAAACUUUCGGUGCACCAGGUCAGGCACCACAACCCAAGUAUACCCCAGUUUCUACAGUGUCACAGUCCACUUUUGGAAAAAGAGACCUGCCCACUGACAAACAAGCUGUCACACAUGUGUCACAGUAUAAGAUUCCAGAUGCCAUAAGGGGGGUGACAGUGCCCUCGAGGGCUAUUAGAUUACUGACAAAUUAUUUGCCCAUGUCCAUCAAGUUUAUCAAAGUCCAUCGUUAUGACGUUUCUUUUAAACCGGAUAAACCAAAAAAGAUGAUACCACAAGCAUUCCUGAAAGCUAAGUCUUUGCAUUUCAAAAAUCAUGUGAUUGCAUUUGAUCAAAUGAAAAAUUGCUACAGCAUUCAACCAUUGACUGGCGUUACUCAAACAGAAAGAUAUGCUAUUAACGUGGAACUAACUGAUAACAAUGGUAAAUCAAUGAAUUUUGAGGUGUCGUUCAAGUAUACUGGAUUGGUUGAUUUAAAUCGCUUAGGACAGCACAUGAUGAAUGGCGGUAGUUCACUGAAUCCCCCAACUGAAGCAAUCCAAUGUAUUGAUGUAAUAUUGAGACAAGGAACACUUGAGGCCUAUGUUAAGGCUGGGAAGCAAUUUUUCAGACGACCACGCAAUCCCGUUGAUCUUGGUUAUGGUUUAGAGAUGUGGACGGGACUUUUCCAAUCGGCCAUCUUUACAUCCAAGCCUUAUAUUAACAUAGAUGUUGCUCACAAAGGCUUCCCGAAACAUCAAUCUAUGAUACAAGCUUUCACCAACGAUUUUCGUUUGGAUCCAAAUAGGUCUUUGGAGCAGCAACGAAACCCCAGAAGUGUGGAAUUAUUUCACGAAUACGUCAAGGGCUUAAGAGUGACUGCAGUUAUCGGUGCGGAUACUUCAGUAAAGGGUCAAAGGCGCGAGUUCAUUUGCAACCGCGUCGUAGAUCCACCUGGCAGGCUGCAGUUCACCAUGACCCAUCCUGACGGACGACAGGAGAAAGUCUCCGUUCUGGAAUACUUCCGCAGGGAUAAGAAAUAUAGACUAAAGUAUCCUGAACUGAACUGCUUGUGGGUUGGACCAGCAAAUAAAAGUUUAUAUUUCCCGAUGGAAUUAUUGGAAAUUGUAUAUGGACAGCCAUUGAAGAAACAACUCAAUGAUAUGCAAUUGUCGAAAAUGGUUCAAGAAGCGGCGACACCUCCUAACAUUCGUAUGAAUAAAAUUGAAGAGGUUAUUAAAGAUAUGAAUUACAGCGCCAAUCCAUUCUUCAAACACUUUGGUCUACAGAUUUCUGAUAAAUUUUUAGAAGUAGAGGCCAAAGUACUGCAACCUCCACGAUUAUUGGUUGGUGAUAGAAAAUCGGUUGAUCCUAGGAGAGGCGUGUGGAAUGCAACUACAGUGUUGCAACCGAGUGCUUUAAGGUCCUGGGGAUUUGUAGCUAUCGAAUGUAAUCCAACGCAGUGCAACUAUCAAAAUAUUAUACAAAUGGUACUCCGUGUUGGUAAUCAGAUGGGAAUGCACGUGGAGCAGCCGAAAUGUAUGCACUUCAAUAUUAGAAUGUCUGACCUCGCAAAUGUUCUAUUCAAUGCAUUGGAAAAAGAUAUCAACUUUCUGUUCGUUAUUGUAUCCAAAUCCGGUCGCGAUUAUUAUCAUAGGGUGAAACGGUUUGCGGAAUUGGAGGUGGGUAUUCUGACUCAAUGCAUUAAAGAGGACACCGCGGUACGUCGCAUGAACGAUCAGACUGUACGAAACAUUCUAUUGAAGGUGAAUUCUAAAUUGAUGGGUAUUAACCAAGCACUGGAUGGUCGCUGCAUGCCGUCGUGUCUCAGAGGUCCUGUGAUGGUGGUUGGUGCUGAUGUCACUCACCCCUCGCCCGAUCAGUCGAACAUUCCCAGUAUUGCAGCGGUUACUGCAUCCAUUGAUCCGAAAUGUUUCUUAUACAAUAUUGAACUUAGUGUGCAGACACCUAAGAAAGAGAUAAUAGUGGAAUUUGAAGAUAUGAUGGUGGACCAUCUGAUUGUGUACCGUAAACACAACCAGAACAUGUUGCCAAAGAAGAUAUAUGUGUUCCGCGAUGGCGUCUCUGAGGGACAGUUCGAAGAGGUGAUGAACAGUGAGCUGACUGCGGUGUACCGAGCAUACCGCAGAAUGACCGGCCAGCCGGAGAAACCUGAAGUUUUGUUCCUUUUGGUACAAAAGCGACAUCACACUAGAUUCUUCUCGGGAGCUCAGAAUCCACAAAAUGUUGAGCCCGGUACGGUUGUUGACAAACAGAUUGUGCAUGCCAAAGAGCUUGACUUUUAUUUGGUGUCCCAUCAGGCUAUAAAGGGCACGGCGCGUCCCACUCGCUACCACGCGGUGUGCAACGAUGGUGGCAUCCCGAUAGAUGAGGUGGAGCAGCUGACGUACUACCUGUGUCAUCUGUACGCGCGCUGCAUGCGGGCAGUCUCCUACCCCACGCCCACGUACUAUGCCCACCUCGCCUGUCUGCGCGCCAAGUCGCUCACACACGGCGAUAAAUUCGACAACGAGGCAUUAGAGAGGAAUCCAAAACGACUUCAUGUUCUAAAGAAGAUGCUCGAUUUCAGUAGAAUGUUCUUUGUCUAAUGUUUGAUAAAUCAACUAUUCGUUCUAUGUAUAAAAUAAAAA